AUGGCAGUCUGUAGCAAAAAAGAUGAUUUUCAGGCCACAAUUCAGAAUAGUUAUGACAAAAUGAGUGACCUAAAAGCCUUCAAUGAUACUAAGGCUGGUGUCAAAGGGCUUGUUGAUGCUGGAAUCAAUAGAGUACCUAGAAUAUUCAUUCUACCGCCAAAAUACAGGGCGGAAACAUGCGAAACGCACAUCAGUUUUCCAGUGAUAGACCUCGAAGGCAUUGAUGAGGAUCCGAUCAAGUAUAAGGAGAUUGUGGACAAAGUUCGAGAUGCAUCGGAGAGAUGGGGUUUCUUUCAAGUGGUUAAUCAUGGAAUUCCAACAUCCAUCUUGGACAAAACAUUACAAGGAACACGACAGUUUUUCGAGCAAGAUACCGAGGUUAAGAAACAGUAUUACACUCGAGAUAUUGGGAAAAAGGUGAUUUAUACUAGCAAUCUUGAUUUGUAUAGCCCUUCUGUUCCAGCUGCAAGUUGGAGAGACACAAUUUUAUUUUUCAUGGCUCCGAAUCCUCCUAGUCCACAAGAAUUCCCAACAGCGUGUGGGGAAAUUCUAAUGGACUACUCCAAGGAUGUGACGAAAUUGGGGUUCUCCUUGCUUGAAUUAUUGUCUAAAGGUCUCGGUCUCGAUCGUAGCUAUCUGAAAGAUUAUAUGGAUUGUUGUCAUAUAAGUUGCUUGUGCCAUUACUAUCCAUCAUGCCCUCAGCCAGAACUCACCAUGGGCAUCAGUCAACAUUCCGACACUGAAUUUAUCACAGUGCUUCUACAAGAUGAUAUGGGUGGACUCCAAGUUCUUCACCAAAAUCAAUGGUUUGAUGUUCCUCCUAUACCUGGUGCUCUUGUCGUCAAUAUUGGAGAUUUUCUGCAGCUCAUGUCAAAUGGCAAGUACACAAGUGUUGAGCAUAGAGCAAUUGCAAACAAAGAUGGAUCAAGAAUGUCAGUUGCGUGCUUCUUUGGCGAAAAUCCAUUGCAAUCUUCAAAGCUGUAUGAACCAAUCACUGAAUUGUUAUCAGAAGAUAAUCCUCCAAAAUAUCGCGCAACCACAGUGAUUGACUACAAAAAUUAUGUCCUAAAUAAAGGCCUAGAUGGAACUUCUGCGCUGUUGAGUUACAAGAUCUAA